AGCGCGGCCAAAGGGAGGAGUGGAGCGGAUCGCCGAGCCUGAGAGUGCAGCGGCCACGGAGGAGGCGGCGGCAGGCGGAGCGGCAGCGGCAGCGGCAAAGGCUCCCGGCCAACCCAGCGCGCAUCCCCAGUGCCCUGAGCUGCAGAGAGCUCGGAGGAGCGCGGGAGCAGCGACACCGGAGUGGACAAAGCAAGAUGGCAGGGAUCUUAGCCUGGUUCUGGAACGAGCGGUUUUGGCUUCCGCACAAUGUCACCUGGGCAGACCUGAAGAACACGGAGGAAGCCACCUUUCCGCAGGCGGAGGACCUCUACCUCGCCUUCCCCUUGGCCUUCUGCAUCUUCAUGGUGCGGCUCAUCUUCGAGAGAUUCAUAGCCAAACCCUGUGCCAUAGCCCUCAAUAUCCAAGCCAAUGGACCACAAACUGCCCAGCCAAAUGCCAUUCUGGAAAAGGUCUUCACUGCCAUAACAAAGCAUCCUGAUGAAAAGAGAUUAGAAGGGCUCUCCAAGCAGCUGGACUGGGAUGUUCGGAGCAUUCAACGCUGGUUUCGACAAAGACGCAACCAGGAGAAACCCAGCACUUUGACCAGGUUCUGUGAGAGCAUGUGGAGAUUUUCCUUUUACCUCUAUGUAUUUAGCUACGGAGUCCGGUUCUUGAAACAGACCCCUUGGUUGUGGAAUACAAGACACUGCUGGUAUAACUACCCUUACCAGCCACUCACAGCUGACCUUCACUACUAUUACAUCCUGGAGCUGUCAUUUUAUUGGUCUUUAAUGGUUUCCCAGUUCACAGAUAUCAAAAGGAAGGACUUCGGCAUUAUGUUCCUGCACCACCUUGCAACAAUUUUCUUAAUAACCUUUUCAUAUGUCAACAACAUGGCCCGAGUAGGAACCCUGGUCCUCUGUCUUCACGACUCAGCCGAUGCUCUGCUAGAGGCUGCCAAAAUGGCAAAUUACGCCAAAUUUCAGAAAAUGUGUGAUCUCCUGUUUGUCAUGUUUGCCGUGGUUUUUAUCACCACACGGCUGGGCAUAUUUCCUCUCUGGGUGUUGAAUACCACAUUAUUUGAAAGUUGGGAGAUCGUCGGACCCUACCCUUCCUGGUGGGUUUUUAACCUGCUGCUCUUGUUACUACAAGGGUUGAACUGCUUCUGGUCUUACCUGAUUGUAAAAAUAGCUUGCAAAACUGUUUCAAAAGGCAAGGCUGGGAAGUGGAACCCUUUACAUGUAUCCAAGGAUGACCGGAGUGACAUUGAAUCUAGCUCAGAUGAUGAGGACUCAGAGCCUCCAGGGAAGAAACCACACUCUUCAACAACCACCAACGGAACCAGCGGUACCAAUGGGUACCUCCUCACUGGUCCUUGUUCCGUGGAUGAUUAACUACCCAAAACUAUAAGUUCUGAACAAAGGGAACUGUUUGUUCCUGGAAGUAUUUAAUAAGUUGCAAAUGCAGUUCCUUUCAUGAUAUCUCAUCACCAGAGACAAAAAAUUAGGAUUCUUGGAGCAUUCUGAAUAGUGUACUGCCAUGUGUCCUGUCUGUGAAUGAAGAAAUCCAUUAUUUCUAUGUAGGCAUGCUGUAUGUAACUGACACAGGGAACAGUAUUUGCAUUUGUCUUAGGAUAUUAUUUAUUUUUUUAUUUGUUUGUAAAUCUGUGGACAAACAAGGAUUCCUUCACUCCUUUCAUCCUCUGGGCUCGUGAUUGACAGUAAAGAUGUCCUGUCUGUGUGUGCCCCUUUUCCACGUUGUGGUCCAGUGUGCCGUGAGCAUCAGGUUUCUUUACCCCUUAGAGCAAGGAACAUCCCAUGCCAGAUCCUCACACAGUUCCCAGUAGGUUGGCUUUCCUUCUGUUCUGCACCCAUUUUCAUUUGCCCAUACAGUUGGUGACCAUUGCCCCACGUGAGUCUAAACAGGAUGAACCAGGUGUUUUCCUUGCCACUCUUGGUGAUCAGAUGAAAGAGAGUGGCUAUGGGGGGACUUUAGAAUUUUACAGGAAACUGCCUUGGUUUGUCUCUUGUGCACAGACAUGAGACUUCUUUUCUGUGGUAGGUAGUCGGGGGUUGACUAUGUUGGUAACAAAGCUAUUUUGCCCUCCAGUGAAGUCAGUGUUCUGAGUAUGAAACAGUAUCUCUUGCAUAUGUUCCCAGAUACAAAGGCCCCAUAUACUGGGCUCUGGGAGUCUCGUAAGGAUAGCCACUGCCCUCAACCAGGUCUUGCCAUGACUUCUACCCUAUUAGUCCAGUCUUCUGUCCUGACGUAUAAAAAAGAGGAAGCCCAGAAUAUUCUGAGGCAGGAAAAGAAAAAGUCUUGUGGGAGUUGGCAAAGACUUCCUUCCCUGCAAAGCACUUUAUUGCAACCAGCUUUCAAGAGAAAGCCCUAUCUGGUAUUAGACUUUGUAUUUUGCUGAGCAAAAUAAGUUGAAUGAGAGAAAGACUAUUAACCCCUUGCCUUCCUCCUCAAACUCGUCCCAUAAUGACUUUCUUGUUGCUAGAAGCAUUCACCCAACAGGACAAGUCUGUUCUAUUUACUGCUCUGACGACUUGUGGGGGCUCCUGUGAAUUUCUCUUCAAGUGGAGCUAUUUCCAGAAAAACAGUAAAAAUUCUACUGGAGAAUAGCAGCAACAGCUGUGGGGAAAAUUGCCAAAGAAUAAGUUAUGAGCCCUCACCCACCCACACCCCCCUGCAUCCAGUGUUACUUUUGUGCGGCUACAGAAACCACACAGAUGAGCCAAGGAUUGGACCCAUCUCAUCUUCAGUAAAAAGGAAACUGAAUGGAAUUACAGUACUCAUGAGUCAAACAUCACCUAAAACAGGACUCCAAACCAAUCAGCACUGAGCAACCAAUAGCAAAACAUUACAGUGCAUGACAGUCCUGCUUAGAACCACCCCCCACUCCAUUUGGUUCUUUUAAAUUACAUCUGCAUACCCAUACCUUGAAGCCUGUGAGUUAAUUGUUAAGAGAAGACUCCCAAAGAACUCACUGCAAUAUUAAAUCUUUCUCCACCUAAUUACAAAACAGUAUUUUCUGGUAUGGUCCAGACAAUAAUUUUCAAAGCUUGGAAACAUGUCUAGUUGUUACCACAGAAGACAGUGCAACUGACUGUGUGAUUUGAGCCUUUGCUGAUAUAGUAACCAAAACAGUUAUAUGUCUAGGAGUGAAACUUGAGAGAGUGUUUGAGUUUGUGAGACCAGUGAUAAGACACGGGAGGUACUGUUAGUAAUCAGGGCAUUUGCUCAAAUGCAAAUGGAUGAAAACCAAGAGCAGUGUUGAGACAGUGAAAGUUUGUCAUCAGCUAAGCUAAGGAGCCUACCCAUCUCUAGUUAAUGUCUGGGCACAUCCUCCCAGGUGUGAGAUGGUUUUGACAACCACUGUGAACUUGUAUCUGAACCAUGUGACACUCUUUAGCACCGAAGAAGUUUAAGAUCAAUCUGUACAUUCAGGAGAGGUAUCUAAAAAUGAAGUAAGUUGAUCCUGUCCAUACCAAAGGCAGAUCUAACUCAUCUUCUCCACGGAAGUUACUGUGGAAGACUAGGGGCACGCUUUCUGACUGACACCUUUAGGUUGGCUUAGUCUGCAACGUGUCCUUUGAUAUUUUUUUUGUUUGUUUCAUAUUACCUUUGUGAGAAAAUAAUUCUGCUUGGCUAAUUGAAAUGGAGUUUGUAGGCUUUUUCUGGAAUAGAAUAUUAAUAUCUCUGUCUAAUGUUCUCCCAAAAAUGGGCGGAUAAGACGGAGAACAGACACUGUCUGAGGAAUCCUAUCCACAUAUGGCAGGCCAUAGCUCUCAGAAAGUCUGACUUGUAAAUCCAGCUUUAGGUUAGUUCUGAGUGGUGUUUUUGGUAAUUAGCAUAGCUUGUGGUGAUGUCUCCUCCUUCCUGGUUGCAUCCAAAUUCCCCAGGGUACCAAAGUGUGUGUAGAAAGGACUCUAGAAAAAGUAACUUUCAUAGCUUACCUAGAUUUAGUUGGGGGGAAAAGUAGGAAAUCAAGUAGAAUUUGGCCUAGAGUCAAUAAUUGAUAUAGCCAUGUCUGAUUUAUGUGUGCAUAUGUAUGUUUCUCCAAAAACUGGUAAAACUAAAUGAUGACUGAUUCAUCGUCGUCCUCCAUAUUCCUUUCCUUAAAAAAAAAAAAAAAAAAAAAAAAAAAAAAAAAAAAAAAAGAA